CCAUUAGCACUCACAAGAGGAAACGAGCUAGCUAGAUAGCAUUUGGUACACAGCUACAUACAUAUCCGGCACGAGAGGAUGUCGUUGGUGAGGUUCUUCGACACCCUGGCCAUGGACUCGUGGAACCCCUUCGGCACCAUCUUCGGCACCACGGCGUCCAGCGGCACCGACGCCUGGCUGGCCAGCGACACCACGGCGUUCGCCGACACCUACAUCGAGACCCGGGAGACGGCGGACGCCUACGUCUUCAGCGCCAGGCUCCCCGCCGGUGUCACCAAGGAGGAGGUCAAGGUGGAGGUGGAGGAGGACGGCAAGGUGCUGGUCAUCGCCGGCGAGCGGUGCCUGCGGAGGGAGGCCAAGAGCGAGGCGCGCCACCACAUCGAGCGCAGCGUCGCCACCUUCUUCGGCAGGUUCCACCUCCCCGACGACGCCGCCUUGGGCCAGGUCAGGGCCGCCAUGGACGACGGGGGCGCGCAGCUCACCGUCACUGUGCCCAGGGUCGGCGCCGCCGUUGCCGCCGUGACCAUGCCCGAGCCUGCCGGGGCCAUCGAGGUCGUCGAGGCCAGCCCGUGCUGAUUGGCUGAUUGCGGCGUACUCCGGUGCCGACUGCAGACAGAGUGCAGACAUACGUGCGGUAAGUUGCCGCUCGUAUGAUCUGCUCGAUCGGGUCCUUUGGGUGUGAUUCCACAAAUUGUGGUGUUCGAUGUACGUAACUACGUACUUGAGUCGGUAUGUGGCUUGCUGUUGUGACUUGUGAGUGAGGUGCUUGCAUGGUUGCCUGUACUGUUACUUGUUAGUUCUCGUGUUCACGCUCAAAUUAAUGAAGUGUUCACGAAGUACUCGCUAAUUAACUGUACUCGUUGAAAUAUGAGACCACCUAUA